AAACGACGGAAGCGGAAGUGGUCGUCGUGUCGUCCUCGGUCUCCUCGGAGGAUCCUGCAGCAGAUCUACACUGAGGCGGCUGUAGGAUCUGGUUUCUAAACAUCCCAACGCAGCCGAGGGGGGAAGAUAGAGCAGGAUGUGCACUCGCUGAGCCGGCGCUGAAGAGACGUCCUACACAUAUAUUUGACAGCACAGGCUUUACAAAAAAAAAAAAGGCGCCAUGACGUCCUCUAUGCUCCGCCGACAGCUGAAGAACCUGGUCCAGAACUACUCUGAGGCUGAGGUCAAGGUGAGAGAGGCGACGUCCAACGACCCGUGGGGCCCCUCCAGCACUCAGAUGGCCGACCUCUCCGAUCUGACCUACAAUGUGGUGGCCUGCAAUGAGAUCAUGACGAUGCUCUGGAGGCGCCUGAACGACGACAAGAACUGGAGACACAUCCACAAGUCCCUGACGCUGCUGGAGUACCUGUUGAAGACCGGUGACGACCGAGUGCUUCUGAAAAUGAAAGACAACGUCUACAUCGUCAAGGCCCUCACAGAGUAUCGCUUUAUAGAAAAGGAGGGCAAGGAUCAGGGUGUAAAUGUGAGAGAGAAGGCCAAAGUUGUCCUCGUUCUCAUGGAGGACGAUGAUAAACUAAAGGAGGAGAGAGACUUUGCCGUCAAGACCAGAGAGAAGACUUCAAAAAGUUCUGCUGCCUCGUCCGCUGACGCAAUCAAGGAUCCCAACUACAAGCCCUGCUACGUCGUCGGGGCCGGAGGGCUUCCAUCCUUAGACAACAUACCGUCAGUGGCCGACUUGACCGCUUCCUUCGCCGCCCGCAAAGAGGAGCGUCUGAAGCAGGAAGCUGAGAAGAAAGACCUGGAGAGGAGGGCCAAGAUGAGUGACGACGAGCUGCAAUGGGAGGAUGCCGGCAAAGACAGUGACGAUAAAAAAGGUGCUUGGGGAGGGGAGAAAGCAAAAGAGGAGAAGGAGGAGGAAGAGGAGAAGGAGGAGAAGGGGAAACCAGAUGCAUGGGGAGCCCCGAAAGAACCUAAAGAAGCCCCAGAUCCAUGGGGCAUACCUGCAAAGCCUGACACAACUGAUACAGCAGCCAGCGGUGAUCCUUGGGGGGCUCCAGCUAAAACUGAGGAUCCAUUUUCAGCUCCAAAAACUGAUGAAGAUUCAUUUGCUGCGCCAAAGAAUGGAGAAGAUCCAUUUACUGCAUCAAAAGAUGACCCGUUCAACGCACCAAAAGAUGGUUCAGACCCCUUCAAUGCACCCAAAGACAAGGAAGAUCCAUUUGCUGCUCCAAAAGAUAAACCAGCUCUCUUCAAAGCCCCUAGAAAUGAUCCAUUCAACGCCCCGAAAGAUGAUCCCUUCAAAGCCCCUAGAAAUGAUCCAUUCAACGCCCCGAAAGAUGACCCCUUCAACGCCUCCAAAGAUGACCCCUUCAACGCCCCGAAAGAUGACCCCUUCAACGCCUCCAAAGAUGACCCCUUCAACGCCCCUAAAGAUGACCCCUUCAACGCCCCUAAAGAUGACCCCUUCAACGCCCCUAAAGAUGACCCCUUCAACGCCCCUAAAGAUGACCCCUUCAACGCCCCUAAAGUUGACCCCUUCAACGCCCCUAAAGAUGACCCCUUCAAUGCCACCAAAGAUGAUCCAUUCAACGCAUCGAAAGAUGAUCCAUUCAGCGCUCCGAAAGAUGACUUCAACGCCCAGAAAGAGGACCCCUUCAACACUCCAAAGGGUGAUCCAUUCAGUAGCCCAAAAGAUGAUCCCUUUACUGCACCAGCAUCAACACCUCCUAAAGAAGACCCAUUUGCAGCACUGGUGUCAUCUGAAGAUGACGCCUUCCCUGCUGCAACAACACCACCCAAAGAGGAUCCUUUCUCUGGACCAUCCAAACCCACACAAGAGGAUCCUUUUGAUGCACCAACAACGCCCCCUAAAGAGGAUCCUUUCACAGUGUCAUCCAGUCCACCAAAAGAUGAUGCCUCCGAUCUCUUCAAUGCCCCUCUGGUGAGCUCGCCUCAAGGCAGUGCAGAUGCGUGGGGAGCCCCUGCUAGCUCUACACCCAGUGACGGGUCAGACCUCUGGGGGGCGCCGUCUGCUCAAGAGGAAACCAAGGGCGGAGACCCCUGGGGGGACGGGACAAGCACCUUCUCAGCUGUUGAUAAUUCUGAUGCAUUUGGAGAUGCAUCCAAACUGGACGAUGACCCAUGGGGAGCUCCAGCUGCAGCUCCAGUUGGCACAGAUGAUGCGUGGGGUUCACCUGCUCCACCCUUAGACUCCACCCCAUCUAGUGACCCCUUUGGAGACGGAGCAUCUAAAAAAAGUGAUCCUUGGGGUGCGCCGAGCAACGGGACGGGAAAGCAAACCGCGCAGGAGGAGAAGGCGUAUAGAAAGACUGCUUCGUUUCUGGGCUCGGCCGGGGCGUCGCUCGUUGACUUGGACGAUCUGUUUUCUUCUAACCCCAAACCCAAACGGCGCCAACUCGCCAACUCGCUCGUCGCCCAGACGCGAGCCAUCGGCGCUUUCAAAGCCCGGGGCAUGACGUCUUGCCUCAGGCUACCCCCUUCCUGAAACGUCAGCCCCACGCCGCACCCUCCAUUUGGCUCCGCCCUCCAUUUGGCUCCGCCCUCGCUCUGUCCUUCGGCGCUCCGCCUCCCCACUUUCGGAGCUGCUGUUCCUUCCGGCGAGCCUCCCUUGCUUCAGCCUCCGUCUCCGUACCGGGGGGGGGGGGGGUGGGGGGGGCUUCUCAGUUUGGUUUUAAACGUGCUUCAGGCGGCUCCCCCGAGCUCAGGAACUGGAACGGUGCGAUUUGGUUUCUAUUGGGAGGGAGUCCACAAAUGGGACUGAGCAUGAACCCCUCCUUUGGAGGACGGGGCAGUCCGGCUCUCUGGUGGGAACCCCUCCUCAUGGGAACAGGGAUGGGUCAGUCCAGUUUCUUUGGAGGGAAUUGCCAAGCGGGCGUGGCUCCUUUGGGAGGAUCCACUCUACGGGCCGGGGGGAGAGUCCCCCUCAACCCACAGUUGCUGUCAGACAACAACAACAACAACAACAACAACAACAACAACAACCCAUUCCUGUCCUGACAGCUUGACAUGGAAUAUAUCCUGCCAGAUGCAUGUAAUAUCAAACCUUUUUUAUGGUAUACUUUUGGAAAAUGAGCAGUAGCGACCUUUAAAACCCGUAAAAUCACUCGUCUGAUCCCUUAAUUAAACCCGUCGAGAUCGACACGCGUCCAAAUGAAAUGGUUAAAGUGUACACAACAUUAACACACACGCACACAACGAUGAUGUGUGUGUGUGUGUCUGAAACGUCCUUUUGAGAAGCAGAGAGCAUGUGUGUGUGUGUGUGUGUGUGUGUGUGUGUGUGUGUGGAAAUACUGCAGAAUUACUGUUGAUGUGAGUGUUGACCGAAAAAGACGUCACUGUAGGUUUUCAUUUGUGUGUGUGUGUGUGUGUGUGUGAGACCUGCAGCACGCUGUGUGUGUGUUUUCACUGUAUAUUGUGCUGAUGUAAAUAUUGGAAGUAAUCACAGAUAAACCUUGAAAUAUAUAUUAGAGUGUUACAAUCAUGGGUGACUAUUUAUUGAUCUAUUUAUUGAUUGAUUUAUUGCUUUUAAUUAUCUUAUUGAUGCAGCAAUGGCCUCCAACAAAGACAAGUUCAGGUUAACUUUCUUUUCAGCGUCGUCGUCAUCAAGACGGGUUGACCGGAUCGCAUUGAUCACACACGAUGUCCAACAUGCAUUAUCAAUCGCCUCAGUAACCAACGGUGGCUUUUUAUUUAUUCAUUUAUUUAUUUAUUUAUUUUAUUCCCUGUUUAGAUUUGUAGUCGUUCUGGAUUCAUUGUGUAGUUGAACGUCUCCGCUGUAUCUCCUGAAUCAGAAAGAAGAAAUGUGUUGUUGUGUGUCGGCGGAAUAAAGUCUGAGUUUGAACACAA